UCGUCGUCCGCGGUCUCGCUCAGCUCCGCAACGACGAUUCUCUUCUCGUCUCGUUCUUUUUCCGAUUGUUAUUUCAUCUCUCGUGCUGCGCGGAAGAGCGUCAAGAUUUCAUUUCCCCGUUUGUUGAUUUUCGCAUGUGUUGCGAUGAGUGAGGCGGCGGCGGCGAAGCGAAAGAGUUGGUGACCGUUCCACAAACAACAACAACAGCAGUGUCAGUUAUUAUAUCGUCUGCGCUCGUCGCUUAGAGAUUCGGUGCUGCUCCGUCUUGGUUUCGUUUUGCCUUUUGGGUUCUUUGGCUUUCAACAAUAAUAUAACCGAGAACAUGCAGCAUUUGUCGGAUUUCCCACUCGUCGUGCCCAUAACAUUUUGUUAUCGCGCUACCGAUUGCAGAUUGCAAAACUAAUGGAUUCCGAAUGCUUUGAGUUAUUUCGUGUCCAGCUUCAUUUGCACCGCAGCAGCACUUUCACGGCCUUACACCAGUGGACUUUGUUGACUCCAUCCGCACUGAAUCAACACUAAUAUACCAGCAGCAGCGGAGAGUGUGUCUGUGUGUACAUGAAAGUGAUCGGACGAGUCGUCUUUGGGGACAACCGGAUCGCGUAUAGGGAGAGUGGAGGGGAGCCAGAGGAAGAAUGCAUCCGCUCGUCAUGUCCGUCGUGGAUUUGAUGGCCAGAAAUCUGAGCAAUGCAAUAGGAGGAGGUAGUGGUGCUGGCGAGGGAGAGAGUGUCUUGUAUUUGGAUUCGAUCAACGUCCCGGAAGACGCCGGAAUAAUUGGCUCGGUGGAUGACAGCAGCAGCAGCAGCAUGAGUGGCGUUGGCAAUACUACUACUACUACUGCAGUAUCUGCCGCCGAGCAGCAGGACGGCUUGGCCCGGCUAGGCUCCGGACUGGCCGUCCUAUUGAUGAAUGGCGAAUCGACGUCGAUGAGUGCCGCCAUAUCCCCAACAGACGCCUCAGCGUCGCUGGCCGCCAGCAUGAACUGGAUGUCGCUGGUCGUGGCCGUGGCCCUGUCCGUCAUCGUCCUCCUCACCAUCGGCGGCAAUUUGCUGAUCUUGGCCGCCGUUCUCUUCAACUCCAAUCUGCGAGGUCCCACCCACAUUCUGAUCGCCAAUCUCGCCGUGGCCGACCUGCUCCUGGGAUUCCUCGUUCUACCCUUUUCGGCGACUUUAGAGGUGACGGGCAACUGGUAUUUCGGCCCCAUCUUUUGCGACGUCUGGGCGGCGGUGGACGUCCUCUGCUGCACGGCGUCUAUCAUGUCGCUCUGCGUCAUUUCCGUCGACCGCUACAUCGGCGUGACCCGGCCGCUGAAUUACUAUUCCAUCGUGACGGCCAAGCGCUCCACCGUCCUCUGCCUGAUUGUUUGGAUCUCCUCGUUGUCCAUCAGCAUUGGCCCGCUCUUGGGCUGGAAAGAGCGCAGUGCUGAUUCCUCGUCGACGGGAGCCGGUAAUGAGACGUCCACCGCGUCACCAGCAGCGGCUACCAGCAGCUUACCGACGGCCGGAGUGCUGCUGCUGGACUCGGCCGAACUGCAGGCCUGCAAUGUCAACAAGGAGAAAGCCUAUGUCCUCUUCUCCACCAUCGGCUCCUUUUAUUUGCCUACACUCAUCAUUUUGGCCAUCUAUUGGCGCAUCUACCGGACGGCCGUCAAGCAGACCAAGUUCCUGGAGAGCGGGACCAAGACGGACAAAUCCACUUCGUCGCUCAGUGGCAGUGAAGUUUUAACUUUGCGGGUUCACGUGGGACGUGCCAAUCCCAUGAAAACGGUGGCGACGACGACUGUCGGCCACCAUCACCACCACCACCGCCCGUCGCCCAACAAUCAUCUCCAUGUGGGCAAAGGCCGUUCGGUCCCUCGCCCGUCUGCCUUCGACUCGUCGGCAAACAUCAGUGAUCGAUCCUCCACUUCUUCGCGUAGCAAAAAUAACAAAAAUUGCCGCUCAUCGCCGCAGACGUCACUGCAGCAGCAGCAGCAGCAGCUGGACACUUCGCCACCGCCGCUGAACAGCGAGCUGGCCAAGGACCUCAACGAACUGGCCACUGCCAGCCCUGUAAUCAAAAAGAAAAGCCUGGUGCACCACUUCCAGAGGAAGAAUUCAUCGAGGCGGCCUUCCAGCACGACGACCAGCUCGGUCACGACGACGGCGUCGUCGGGACCCACGUUGACAGUGACGACGACGGCCACUGCGUUUUCCGGGGGCGGCAGUAGCACCGGCUUGUCGGCCAAGAUGUUCAAAUUCCGGCGCCAGAAGAAAGCCGCCAAAACGCUGGGAAUUGUUGUCGGAGCUUUUCUACUCUGCUGGUUCCCCUUCUUCGUCAUUUUACCCGUUGAGGCUUUGUGUUCAACGUGCAACAUCCCAUCGCCGCUGUUUUCCUGCUGCUUCUGGCUGGGCUACUGCAACAGCUGCCUCAACCCGUUCAUCUACGCCAGCACGAGUCGCGAAUUCAAGCGGGCCUUCUCCAAGAUCCUGUGCGGUCGCCGGGGCCGGUCGUCGUCGUCGCAGGCGAGCGCCGGGGCCGCCGCCGGAAGACAUUUCAACCAGCCGCACAUCGCACCGCCGUCUCAUUUCCGCCAGGCCAGCCGGAACCCGUCGGUGGAGAACGUCUCGACGCCAGCCGCCACUGCCGCCAACCUGAUGGCUGGCAGGACGAAAGCCCAGGUGUCCUCGGCAGCAGCAGGAGCCGUCGAUCAAUGCGCUAGCAGUCUACCUGAUCAUUAGCAGCGCUGCUGCUCUAUAGAAGUACCUGUGUGACCCAAUUAAACAAGGCCCUUCAUCAUCAGACUAAUGAGGAGAACAAUGACGUUGAACAGCAGCAUUCAGAUUUAGGAGAGAAACAAAGUGCCGAAUGACAAGGAAGGCGAGCAGUAGCAGCAGCACAUCUAACAGAAACAAUCGACAAACACACACAGGACGACCCUCCCGGUCGCCAGUCGCCCUUUGUGAGCUGCGCGAAUUGCGCAAGUCGUUAUAUAGAAGAACUAUAUAUAUACGCUUAUUGCCAAAUUCAUCUUGGUCGUUGGCCGUGUGCUGACGAACACAUCCACAUGCAGACAUCUCGGCUCAUUGACUUCCAACACCCAGCAAAGUUCUUUUGUGUCGCCGACGAAUUGGGACUUGUUCACAUGUUGAUGAAAGUCGUCAUUUGUAUUGCCGCGUCAUUGUCAGCAGCAGCAGCAGCAGUCAAGAGGUGGAUGACGUUCUCUUCUCUUUGAUGCUGCUGCUGCUGCCAUCAAAAGGUGGGAUUAUACGGUUAAAUACUUCAACACGAUGUGAAUCUCGUCUAAAUAGACGCGCGCCCGGAGCCCGGAGCCCGGCGCCCGUUAAUCUUCACGCUAGCGCUGCUGCAAUAAGAUUGCCACGGUCAACAACAAUCGCGGAGCCGUGGCGGCAAGCAGCGAGCAGUCGGCGGAAAGAGAAAGGAAAAGACGAACCCCCGGUCUGAUGAUUAACAUGGACCCGAGAGACUAUAGGCGUUAUUUCCUAUAGUAAAUGAAUCGUCGCCCCGCGAUGUAUGGGGCUGGCGCGAGUUGCUGCCGGACAUGAUACAUUGUGGGUACCAGCAGCUGCCAUCAGCAGUACACCACCUCCGCGAUCACGAAACCUACAGGAGGAAUGGUAAAUCACGCGCCAUGAAGAGAUAUAUUUAUAAUUUACAAACAAGCCUGCACACAUUAUAAUAUAGAACCCAGCAAAGGAUUCUGCGGCCCCUUCUUCUUCUUCUUCUUCCGGCUGCUCGCUGUAUAUAUGUGCGUUGCUCAUCAUCCGACCAGCAGCAUGUGUACAGACCAGUACGACAUCCUCGCUGCGCCUAUACCAGCAUCAGCUGCUUGACGGAACAUAUUGCUGGCCACAGAGCUUAACAUCACCAUCCUAUUUUCGGUUUUGAUUAGACGUUGGCUGACGUCUGCAUCGUGUACAUACAGACGUCAAACCCCUGUACCAGAGUAUAUGAUUGCUGACGGCCGGAGACUAUAUAGGAGCAGGAGGUCAAUAUAAUCGACGAAACGUCUUCUUUCGUCCAAAGGUGAUUGAUGUCGAUGAAGAGACAUCGCGAAUAAAAAUGUGCCGGCAGAGGCGAACAUACAUCAUCUAGAACACGGACGGGCGAUUCCGGCGUGACGUCUAUACGAGACUAUAUAGUACAUAUUUGUAUGCCAAAAGUAAUAUAACGAUGGGAAUGUUGACGCGCAAAAAUGCCGGAGAAUUGACAUGGCAAAUACUUAACAACGACAAGUGAAGAGCGAAUCGAUUCAACCCUCCUCCCCCUUCCUUCCUUUCUUAUUUUUAAUGUUAUUACAUUUUUUUAUAUAUUUAAAAUCCGGUAUACGGUAUAUACAGUAUAUAUAUUUCCCUCCUGUUCUUUGCUGUUUGCUUUCGUUUUCCUUUCUGUUGCUGCCGCUGGCGUAGCAUCAUCAUCGAUCCCGCGGGUUCUGUUUGCCGAUAUUUUAUGGCCAAGUUUUUCCACCCUUUUCGAUCGACCGUUGGACAUCUUGCGACGAGUCGUUGGACUUUACUUUUUCCUCCCUCGGCUUGACAGCUUUAGUCCACUGACUUACUCCUUUCUCCUUUAUACGAUUAUACGACGACUGGCAAACUUUUUUGUUUUUUGUUUUUUGUUUUUUACUUUUUCUUUUUUAUUUAACCAUCCAGCGUGAUUGCAAUCGGAAUCCAAGGAAUCGAGGGGGAGUGUCAUCUGGGACCUGCUAUGUCUCCUUCUUUUUAUUUCGACACGGAAGAAAGCGGAAAAAAAGAGAAGAGUCAAAUAAAAUAAAAAAUAAAAGCAAAGUUGACUUUUUUUUUUGGUUUGAUUGCCCUGUCCUUCUUUUAUUUUCUUCUUUUUUUUCAUCCCCCCGAUUCGAUUUAUACGCGGAUGAAGAGCGUGUCUAUAGCGACGGCACGUGUAUCCGCCGCGUGUUUGACGCCGAUGGACUGACGUUUGGAAGGGAAAAGCAUCUGCCGAUCACACGUGACUGUGCCGAGAUGAACUGAAAUUGACUAUUUAUACGUAUAUUAUAUUCAGAAGGCUCAAUGCAUAUAGGGCGUAGAUCGAUUGAGUUCUAUUAUACGUCUUACUCGAUCUGCUCACUAUGAAUUAUCGCAUUAGGAUUAUCAUUGUAUUUAUAGUAAGACUCUUAUCAUAUAUACACACCUAUAUUAUACCCGGAGAGAUCCGCAGCAGCACUUGUGUGCAGGCACGGAUUUCUCGUCGGCCCACGAUUGGGAGUGAUGCGUACAUUAUUCAGUCGUGUCUGCACUUUCCCAGCACAAAGCAGGUCCGCAGCACCGAAUCUAAAUGCAUCCAUAGUUAAUCCGCAUCGGCUUCCUUCCUGAUGUGCUGUCGCACACUGCUGUUAUAUAUACGUCCGUCGUAUAUAUACUGUAUGAACACAUACCGAUGCCUGCAUAUUAAGUAUUCGAAAGGGGACCACCAGUCGUCGUUGAGCACAAAGCAUCACCUCCUCUUCUGUUAUUCAUUUCUUCGACUUAUUUGUUUUUCUUUUGCCUUGAGGAGUAGUCAACGGCACGCCAUGACAACGUCUCGGUACAUAUAAUAUCUACCCAGAAGAACGACUUGUUAAACUCUUCGGUCGUGUAUUAUAGAGCUACAUACACCUUUCGAGUUGCCACGGGGUUUAUUGUUGACUUGUAACCGGCAACGCCUCCCACGUUUAACGUCCCAUUGUCUAAGCGGCCCCGCGUGCAACUUUUGUCUUAUUAAAACAAAGGAGAGAGAGAGACAGAGAGAGAGAGAGGAAAUAAAGUUCUAAGAUGAUCAUCAAGGCUCUGCUCUAAUGUUAUAUAUACUCGUCUCUCUCCUGCUAUGACGACAGCAGCAGCAGCAGCAGCAGCAGGCGGUAUCAGUGUCUGCUGGUGACGCUGGCGCUUGAAAUACAAAAAAAAGGAUAGGAAAACUUUUUGGUGAUGUCUUUACAUCACGGAUGGGGGAGGUGAGUGAGGGCAAUCUGUUUGCCAGCGCCAGCAUGAUGAAGUGACAACCGAUCGAUUUGCAGCCUACCAUCUUGGCCACCAGCACAAGGUGGUGGCUGGCACAGCGCUUGUGUGCUGUAUACAUGUGUGUAUAUAUUACUACUUUGUGGUCGCCCAGGAAGAGUGAUGUUGUUAUAAGAGUGGCCGGUUUAUGUGUGUGUUCGACAUCAUGUUUCUGCUCACGUGUAACGCAAUACGACGUUCAAAAACUUCGUCUGUGCGGACAAAACAAAACAAAACAAAACAAAAUAAAAUAAAGACGCAUUGGUUUUUAGUUUCUUUGGAUGGUUUUUGGACUUCUGCUAUAUCCUCGUCUGUAUUAUAUGGUCUCCCCCCCCUUAUUCUCUAUUUUGAAAUUGCUUCAUCUUUUGGACGGUGAUCUGAUUCCCUAGAAACUUGUAAAUAUCCUGACGUCGCGUAUAUAACUGUACAUGCAAUGAAUUAUAAAACCAAUACAACCUAUUUUGUCUGAUGUGUGUAUAUGUCUAAAACUUGAGACGCCAAAGUGAUGAGCCCGAUCACAACAUGUUACUGCUGUGAAGAAAUAUACAAAGUCUACCGCGGCGCGUACAUUCUUCGACGUCCUUAUUGUUCCCUGUCGUUUCUUUCUUCUUGGAAUUGAAAUUGCUUUGUCGUAAUUAUUCUAGU